AUGGAAUGCCAGGGAAACAGCGGUGGCAGCAGCAAGAGCAAAGGUCGGAGGCAAUGUAGCAGCAUCCCACCAGCGCUGGCAGGCCUGCUAGCGCAGCAGGGCGACAGCAGUGCGCUGCAGCUGCAACUGCAGAAGAAUGUGCAGCUGCCGCGGUACUUUUGCUGCUUCUUCCCUCCACCAGCACUCAAUCGAAGGGGAUUGGGCUCUCUUACUCAGCAGCAAGCUGCUCUCACCUGCACCUGCAGCAGCGCCAUCGGCAACAGCAACAGCUACUGCUGCAGCACAGAAUUAUGUGCUGCGUGCAUCUUGAGAUAUGUGGAGAGUCUUCGCCCCAGCAGCUAUCGGCCGCGCUUCUCGCCCGAGACCUGCCCACUGCACUUGCAAGCUCCUGCUACUGUUGCUGCUACUGCGGGUAGAUGUUGCAGAAACAGCAGCGACAGCGCAGCCGCUGCAACGUAUGCGGAGGCAUAUGGGCAGUACUUGCGGCGACUGCUGCAAUUGGUUCAGCAGGACAUGCAGCUGCCGCAACUUCCUGUCCUGCAACAGUGGCUGCCUAGCAGCUUGCUAGGAGCUGCAGCACAGCAGCUGACCAACACCCACAACAGCAACAACAGCAGCAGUUGCUGUAGCUGCUGGUUGGAAUCGCCGUGUUACUUUCCUGCCGUUUUUUCGCUGCCUCCGGCAUCGCGCUUCCCGGGGUCUCAGGUGUAUAGGCAGCAGCUGCUGCACCCGUUUGAUGCUGCUUCUGCAGCCGCUGUUGCUGCGCUGCGGCCUCGGCCUGGCAACAAAUGCCUCGACAUGUGCUGCGCUCCUGGCAACAAGUUGUUGCUACUGGCUGCUGCAGUUUCCGCAGAAUCGCCAGCAACAGCAACAAAAGCAGCAGCAACAACAGGUGGGGUAGUGGUGGGUGUCGACGUCAAUGCAGAGAGGAUGGAGCUUUGCCGCCGUCUGCUGAGGAAAAACGGUUGCAACAGCGGUCUCCUUGUCCUGGGGGAUGCCCGAGAAUUCGGGACUAGCAGUUUCUGCCUCUGUAGUACCAUCAACAGAAACAGCACGAGCAAUAGCACCAAUUACGGCACUAUUCAGACAAAUAGCUUCAGCGGCGCAGGCCUGGAAUCACGCUCCCCAGCCACAAUGAGUGCAGCAGCAAAUGCGGCAGCAACUACAGCAGCAAGUGAACGAGUUAGAAAAGGAAGGUUGGCGAGGAAGAAAGAGAGAAGAAGACAGGAGGCCCAAGAAGUCCCCCUCAUCUCAUUUCUAGAGCAUUUUGGCGGCAGCAGAAACAGUGACAGCAACCACAGCAGCAAUCUGCGUGCCUCAGGUACAGGAGUAGAAGGGGGUGAAGACAUGGCGGCAGCAGCAGCAACCGUAGCAGUAGCACAGAAGACGGCAGUCAACGUAGCCGAGGACAGCAGCUGUAACCCCUGCAGCAGCAGCAGCAGCGGCGAAAUUGGGGAGGGCGGGUAUCCAAAUAACAGCGGUGUACAGCCGGAAGCCCUGUCAGCACCCAGUAGAAGCAGCAACACUAGUAGCCAUACCGGGAGGAGGAGGAGCAACAGCAGCAGCGAAUCAGCACCAGUAACGGAGUUUGAUCGAGUACUGCUGGAUGUUCAGUGUACCCAUGACGCCAGCACUCGACACCUGUCCCGCUUCCGCGAAGCUAUCCUACAGCAACAGCAGAACGAGCACCAGCCUCAGCAACAGCAGAACGAACACCAGCCUCAGCAACAGCAGAACGAGCACCAGCCUCAGCAACAGCAGAACGAGCACCAGCCUCAGCAACAGCAGAACGAGCACCAGCCUCAGCAGCAGCAGGAGGGAGUGUCCGUUGCAGUAGAUCCGGCCUUCACCCAACAGGCUACCGGGCAUACAGGCGCUGAUGUUUUCCGCGUUGCUCAGUGUGAAGAGGAGGAUGACCAGCAGCAGCUGCAGCCGCACCAUCAAUCCCUUCAGCAGCUGCUGCAGCUGCAGCAGCAGCUGCUGCAGCGUGCGUAUGCGCUGCUGGCUCCUGGUGGUUUGCUAGUGUACAGCAGCUGUAGCAACGACCAUCAGCAGAACGAAGGCGCCGUUUUGCAGUUGCUUUUGCAACAUGGGGCCCUCCUGUACCCAAUUCCCUGCAGGGGUCUCCUGUACCCUCCAGCUAACUCAAUAUUGACAGGGUCCCCGAACGGCAAGCGCCCCUCAGGCUUGCCUAACGGAAUUUCCAAGAACGCUUCAGAUCCCUUAACCCUAAACCCUGAGGUGUUUGCCCAUGAGACAAAGCACAAUGUGCCAUCCCUUUCUGGGGGCUUCCAAGGGACGACCCAUGAUAAAGGCCCCCUUGGGGCUCCUGUUUCGGAGGACGAGCGGAGGCCUUUGAAGGAUACUCCCAUCGGCGCCACCGGUGUUUUCAAGGGGUCCCCAGCGUACUCCAGCGCAGCAGAAACUUACCAGGAGGGUCCUGCAACGCCCGAGAAAGGGACUGACCAGCCGUUGUGCCCGCUCACAGGGGUCCCCUGCCGAGGGUUUGAGGAUGCUUUUGAGUUUCUAGAGAGUCACGCGUUCUGGCCAGCGAGGCCUUCCAGUCUUGAAAGCAUGCAGGACCUGCCAAGGCACCCCAGCUGCUGGAGCGGACCAUCUUCGCACAGCACCAGCGGCAGUUAUGGGAGGCCCAGACCUAGCAGCUGUCAGUUUCCGGCGGAGGAAGGCCAAACCAGCGGCAUUUUUGUCUGUUGCAUCACCAAACCUCUAAAUCCAAAGCCCUUGCUACAGGGUUAA